AGACCCUUAUUUUGGUGAUCUUUCCAAAUGUGUAACUUACUGCUUCCUUUGGGGUGAAUAUGCGCAUGGCAGAGUAAACUGCCUUCUGAACUAUUCAGCGUAUUUGUGUCUAACACCUUAAUGUACAUUGCACGAUCCUUUAGCAAAAUGGCAGGUCAUUCAUCUACAUUACUGCGUCUGGAACAAAGAGCGGCAGAAGCAGACAAGCUCAUAGAGUACUUGAAGCAGCAGGUUCACCUUCUGAAGGAGAAAGCUAUUGUUCAGGUCACUGUUCAAGAGGAAAAGAAGUUAAAAGUUGAAAAUGCCAAACUGAAGGAGAGCAUUGAGGAAAUAAAGAGACAACUUCUGGAAAAGGACAGGAAAGCAGGGAGAGAGGUAGAUAUGCCUGCAGGGCACUCUACUACCCUGAAUGCCUCCAAACCUCCAGCCUCCCACCCUGCAUCUGCUCCACCUGCUCAUACUAGUUCUGGCGGAAGCUUACCUGUGAAGGAUUCAGAGGGCAAAAAGAAGAAACCAGAGAAAAAGGAAAAACAAGACAAGAAAAUGUCAUCUGAGGUGCCUGAGGAGUUAAAAGUGGAUGUGUCGCGUCUUGAUCUGAGGAUUGGCCGUAUCAUCACUGCUGAGAAGCACCCAGAUGCUGAUGCACUUUAUGUGGAAAAGGUGGAUGUUGGAGAGCCUGUUCCCCGUACAGUUGUCAGUGGGCUCGUCAAGCAUAUUCCUCUAGAUCAGAUGCAAAACCGAAUGGUUGUCCUCUUAUGCAACUUGAAACCUGCCAAGAUGAGAGGAGUGGUGUCCCAGGCCAUGGUUAUGUGCGCAAGCUCACCUGACAAAGUGGAGAUACUGGAUCCUCCUGCAGGAGCUAUACCUGGGGACAAAGUUCUUUGCCAAGGGUUCUCAGGUGAUCCAGAUAAGGAACUGAAUCCCAAGAAGAAAGUGUGGGAGCAAGUGCAGCCUGACCUUCAAACAGAUGCCAAAUGUGUUGCUACCUACAAGGGUUCUGCCUUUGAGGUGACGGGCAAAGGGGUUUGCAAAGCGCAGACAAUGAGCAAUAGUGGAAUCAAAUAAGGUUUUAUUGUGCCUAACAGUUAUGUGUAGACAUGGACAUGCCCAGAUUUAGAUUUCAAUCUACACUACACUGACACAUGCUUUAAUAAAAUGUGAAUAGACAUCA